AUGGACACCCAUGUCUACUCUGACCUAAGCCAGCGAUACAACAAGAUCGAUUUUGUCCACGAGCAACGCAGCUGGCUGCUACACGCGGAUGCGAGACAGGUCCUUCUCGACCUCGCCAACAUCUUCAUCCGACACGGCGCCAACACCAACUUCGCCAUUACCCUCCUUCAUCGACAUCACCAACUACACCCUGGUCAUGCAAUGAUUCAUGUCCGCGAUUGCAGCGGCGCAGAUAUCUGUAGCAUGGAGCAGCUGGGUACUCGCCAAAUUUAUCCAUGCGCGUAUCAUUGCCUCCUGGAUCAGGAUACGCCCUUCCUACCGUUUGAGUUCUCCUCCGAUCCCUUGCCAACUCCAGACCCGAGCUUUCUCUCUGAUGUCGCCAACUACCUCCGACUUCGAAAUCUUUGCAAUAGAAUCGGCGUAUCAUACACGGAUGGAUCUCAAGAGGUGUGGACCGAAAGGUUGUUGGACAAUGGACAAGGUACGAUUGCUGUGGUUGCAAGCCAAGACCAGGCCUCGUUGGAUGACAACUAUAUCGUGACGGAGUGGUUUGUUUCUCAGGACGAGAAUGGGAUCAACACAGUGGCCAUCAAAGGCUGCAAUGAUCAGGAAGUGGGCCACUCAAGGAAAUAG